UUCAUUCAUACCCAAGAGAAAAGGGAAAAAUGAGAUUAAAGAUUACAUUUCUGCUUUUGCUCUUCGUUCUUCCUCUUGCCUUAGCAAACCUAAGGGUUGGCUUUUACAGGUCUAGCUGUCCACGAGCUGAGUCCAUAGUUCGAGCAGCUGUGCAAAGACGCUUCCGUCGUGACAGAUCCAUCACUGCAGCCUUGCUUCGCAUGCAUUUUCAUGAUUGUUUCGUUAGAGGUUGUGAUGCAUCAAUUCUCAUAGACUCAACCAGCAGAACGCCAUCAGAGAAAGAUGCAGGGCCUAACUUGACAGUACGUGGAUUCGAGCUCAUUGAUGAAGCAAAGAAAGACGUAGAAGCAGCAUGUCGUUCAACAGUUUCUUGUGCAGAUAUCAUAGCACUAGCAACCCGAGAUGCUGUGCUUCUAGGAGGAGGACCCUUCUAUGCAGUUCCUACAGGAAGGCGAGACGGUCUAGUCUCAGAUCCUGACGAAGUAAACUUGCCAGGGCCAACAUUGUCUGUCUCACAGGCAUUCCAAAUUUUCAGGGCUAAAAAUAUGACCUUGAAUGAUAUGGUUACCCUUUUGGGUGCACAUACAGUUGGUGUUGCUCAUUGUAGUUUCUUUUUAGACAGGAUUACAAGUUUCCAGGGAACUGGGCGUCCUGAUCCUACAAUGAAUCCUGGUUUGGUUGCCAAGCUAAGGAAUGUUUGUGGUGCAGCCAGUGCUUCAAACCCUGACCCUACAGCAUUUCUAGACCAAGGCACACCUGUCACUGUCGAUAAUCAAUUCUUCAAGCAGAUUCGUUUAAGGAGAGGGGUAAUGCAGAUUGAUCAAGAAUUAGCUAAUGAUGGAUUAUCCAGACGUAUUGUUUCAGGCUUUGCAUCAAAUGCAACUCUAUUUAGAACCAGGUUUGCCCAGGCUAUGGUGAAGAUGGGAAGAAUCCAAGUUCUUGUUGGAAAAGCUGGAGAAAUCAGGAGAAAUUGCAGUGUUUUUAAUCCCAGACGGAGGGCCUUCUAAAUUGAGUUGCGAAGGAAAGAAGGAUUUGGCUGCAAGUUACUUUUGAAACUCAGCUCUAGUUGACAUAUCACAUUUGUUUUCCAUUCACAUUAAACCAAAUAAACGGGCUCAAACUUGAUUUCUUCAAAAACGUUUAGUCAAUCAGCCAAGCUCGAACAUAAGAGUAACUGAACUCGUAAAGAAUUUGUUUGAAAUCCACUGGCCUUUUAAAGGGUUCUUUAAUUUUAUUUUUUCUGCUUA